ACAAAAUCAUUAUCAUCAUGUCUUCCUCCAACGCGCUGACCACACCCUCCACCUGGGACGUUUCCAUCGUCGAGGGAUCAGGCCUGGAGAGUCUUGAAGACCUCUACAUUAUCUUGAAGGCAGUGUUCCCUCAACCUAAUGUUCAGUUUGAACGGAGGGAUGACCAAACAUACAGAGUACGGCUGCCGUAUUGUGUGAAGCUCACAUCGCUCCAGGCCAGGUUUGGGGAGUAUGCUGGGGCAGUGACAAUAAUCUCCGCUGCGGCAGACCUCACGUUGGCUCAAACCAGACGCCUGGCUGAGCUGCGCUCGAAGAUCAUCAAUAGUAAGAGAUAGUGAAAAACCAUCAAUUACUAUAGUACAAUUCAUCGUAGGGACUAGCCAAUUAUAGAAAAAUACAUUUUAUAAUUUGAAUAAGAAAUACUCCAUAUCAUUGUCAAAUAUAAAUUACUAUUCUAUUGUAAUCUGUUAACGAUGCAAAACUAUCUUGCAACGAUUAAACUCAAAUUUUGUAAACCAUGUAAUACGUGGUACAGAGAA